UUUGCUUUAUUUUCUUUGCUCUUCGUCCGUAAACAACAUGAUGCCAAGUCAUUUUCAUUCGUAAUGAAAGCCUUUCAGUAACAUUUUCAUUGUUUUAUAUUUUCUGAAAUUGUCCUCGAAGGAGUAUCGCAGUAAGUCUUAAGAUCUUAAAAUAGUUAUAUGUUCAGUGAAAAGUGAUGGAAACUAAAUCUACUGUACCAAAAUCAGCUGACUCCGGAAUGAGCGCAGGUAUUCGCUCAAGGAGAAGAAAUAAAAAUGAAAAAACAUUAGCUGAAAUUGCAUCCGAACUCGUUAUUUUCGAAGGAUCAAGAGCCCGCUGCCAUAUUGAUGCGCAUAGUGGUUGCAAUUAUGAACAAAAAACGUUUGAUGCCCAAAACUUUGUGCGGGACUGCCGGAUUCAACAUCCAGAAAUUGCUCUCCUGAAAGGGCUUUUCAAAAAUCAGGAUACUGUCAUAAAAAAACCUCGACUAAUAGCGAAGCGACCAAUCGCUAUUGAUCGGCAGCUGUUCUUGGAGGCUCUUUUAAAACUUAUUUCCUACCAUAACAUGCCGCUUGCCAGUCUAGACUGGGAAGGAUUUAAGCUAAUAAUCGAUCCGAUUGCUGAUGCAUUGAAGUUCAAGAUUAAUAGAUCCAAUGUCAAAAAUCAUCUUACCAUGGCAGCAGACAAAAUCAGGCAGGCGAUGAAGGAGGAGAUGUCAAAAAAGUUAAUCAGCCUGAAAAUUGAUUCCGCCUCACGUCACAACCGUAGCGUUCUGGGAAUCAACGUCCAGUACUGCUUGUCAGACGUUGUUGUCAUUCGUACUCUGGCAAUGCUAGAAGUUUCUCAACGCCAAACUGCAAGUUUUCUCAAAACAAGAAUUCUCGAAGCUCUGAAGAUUUACGGUGUAUCUCUUGACCAAGUGUUCUCCGUGACUGUCGACAAUGGAGCAAAUAUGUGUGCUGCUGUGAGAGAGCUGAAAGUAGAAUUUGAACGAGCCAUGAUAACAGAGGUAAUGAUUGAGCAGGACGAUAACGAAGAUCAAGAUAAUGUGCAGCGAAAACUAUCGGCUGGCUUACUUGAUGAGUUUCAAAAUCAAAUAAACCUCAUUCGGUGCUCCGUUCAUACGCUUCAAUUGGCCAUUCUCGACGUAGUGAACAAGUCGAAUGAAAGUGUCAAGGCAGUGACAGAAAUAGCGAAACGAACUAAGAACGUCAAAUACAAAACCAACUUUAAGGAGUCGUCGGCGUCAUAUCCACCGGUCUGGAAUGUCACACGGUGGUGUGGCAUUUACCAUAUGAUGCAGAGCUUUGUCUCUCAGGAAAACUUCUUCAAACAGCUGGCAGAAGAGUAUCCAGAGUUAGAUCUGACAGAACAGUGGCCGUUCAUUCAAGAUUACCAACAUGCAUUCAAACCUCUUUAUAUCUGUACCAAAACGAUGCAGGAAGCUCACGUUACUUUGCCGGAUUUCUACAAGCAGUGGCUAAUGGCUCUAAGUGAAGUCCGCAAACUGUCAAAUAACCAAUUCGCUGCAUCUCUACAUGAAUCAUUGACAAAACGAUUGACAAAUCUUCGCAACUCACAAGCAUUCAAAAUGGCACUAUAUUUAGACCCACGCUUCAAUUUCUGUGGAUCCAAACUAUUCACCGCAGGGGAGAAGGCGGAGAUCCAGGAAUACAUUAUUAGCCUGUACGAAAGAAUUCGUCGGCUUCGUCCACCAACAUCUACGGAUAACACUACUUCACUCAACGUUUCUUCGACAUCUGAAUCAACAUCUGAUUCAUAUGGUGGCUUUGAUGAUGUUAUGACGGAACUGUUUGGAGGGUCAUUGAUCUCGAAUGAAGGUUCAAGCACGUCCAGAUUUAUGAAACAGCUUAAGGCUCUCGAAGCAGAAGAACGGCAAGGUCACAAUUACGAUGUAUGGAAUCACUGGUUAGCACGGAAACACACACAUCCUGAGCUGUACGCUGUAGCAAUGGUUGUACUUGCCGCACCUUCGAGCCAGGCAUCUGUCGAACGCUCAUUCAGCGCGCUAGGCUCGAUUUUGACUGAUUCUCGUACAGGACUGGGUGAAGGGGGUGAAGAGACAUUGUCGAAUAUACUGAUGAUCAAACUCAAUAGGGAUCUGUUUCAGAAAAUUCUUCCAGGUCUGUAUGAUUGGAAGACUUUUGAGUCAGAAGAACCUGAAAGCUUGCCAACCGAUACUUCUUCGUAAAUCCCUACAGUUACCAGAUUUUCAAUGGUAACAUCAAUUGAAUUUUACUCACUCAUACUUGUUUUGCUACUUGAUGCAUAAGUCAGAAUAAAAGAAUUUUA